AGAGAGAUUGAGAGAGACGGCUACAAGUUUUUCUUUACUUUUGCAUUAGUCCUCCUCUUUUCUCUGUAUACAAAUCAACCCCUUCUGGUUUUCUUGAAGUUUCAUAGAUCAAUCAAUUGUCUAUUUCUUUCAAGAAAAAACCAACUUGGAGAUUUUGAGUUGUAAGUUCUUUUGAUAUUAGAGAGGUAGAGCUGAUUAAUGUGUAUGAAUGGAUCCUUCUAAUGCUCACCAUCACCACCAGGAAAUGUCAUCUCAAACACUAGAAAGCAUGUUGGUAUGCACAAAGCAAGAUCAAGAAAAGAAACCAAGGCCAGGUGCAGAACAAGCACAAAAAUGUCCAAGAUGUGACUCAACCAACACAAAAUUUUGCUACUACAACAACUACAGUCUCACUCAACCUAGAUACUUUUGCAAAUCAUGUAGAAGGUAUUGGACCAAAGGUGGUACACUACGAAAUGUUCCAGUUGGUGGUGGCUGUAGAAAAAACAAAAGAAUAUCCUCAAAAAGAAGCCAAGAUCAGUCUUUGACUAAUAGCCCUAAUAAUCCAAUAUCUUCUAUCACACCAACUUCUUAUGAUUCUUCAAGUGAUUUAAGUCUAGCAUUUGCUAGACUUCAAAAACAAGCAAAUGGGAAUUUGGGAAUUGAAGAAAAUGAUAAUAUGUCAAUGAUGUAUAAUAAUCAUGGGAAUAAUAUUGCCUCUACUAGCUUUCUUGAUACACUAAGGGGUGGAUUUCUUGAAACCCCAAAUGGAUUUCAGUACCAAAAUUUGUACUAUGAGAAUAAUAUGGGGCAGGUACAAAAUGGAGGAAUGGGAAUGAAUAAUGCGAAUGAAGAAAUGAGAAUGAAUUAUGAUCAAGAAAUGAGUGGAGGCAAAAUUGUGAAACAAGAGAUGUGCAAUAUAGCAAGAGAAGGUGAGAAUAAUAGAAUUUUGUGGGGAUUUCCAUGGCAAAUUAAUGGAGAAGUGAACAAUAUGGCUGAUUUUGAAGCUUCAAACAGAGGGCAAAAUUGGAAUACUGGAUUUGGAGGUUCUUCUUGGCAUGGACUUCUCAAUAGUCCACUCAUGUAGUUGUUAGAAGAAGCUCAAUCUUUGCAAAGGAGGAAAAAAAUAGAAUUUCUUUCUUGGAUC